AUGGGAGGAAGAUCAAUUUCCACACAAGUUCGAAACUUAAUUGUGCGAGAUAUUCAAAAAGGUCUUUCCCAACGGAAUAUAGCCAAAAAUUAUGAAGUAAGUAGAGGAGCAGUAGAACAGAUCAGAAGAAAAUUUCAAUCAACUGGAUCGGUGGCAGAUAGAAUCGGAAGAGGUCGAAAACGAGCAACAUCCAAGCGGGAGGAUAUGAAAAUAAUCCGUGAAGUUAAGAAAAAUCCAAAGAUUACUGUUAGAGAAAUUCAGGAAAACAUUUAUCUUACUGUUUCUGACCGCACUAUGAAAGCAAAUUCGAGUUAUUUGGACAAAAGAAGCGGAUUAGAGUCUGGAGAAAACACGGCGAAGAGCUUCAAGAUCGUCAUUCAGAAAACUGUAAAGUAUGGCGGAGGAAAUAUUUUAGUCUGGGGAUGUUUCUCAUGGGCAGGAGUGGGAAAUCUUGUCAAAAUUAACGGAAUUAUGACAGCAGAUGUCUACAUUGAUAUAAUAAAUGAAAAUUUGGAGGAGUGUUUGUUGAAACUCGGACUAGAAGAUAAUUUUAUUUUCCAACAAGAUAAUGACCCGAAACACACAGCAAAGAAAAGUCAAGCUUUUUUUCGUUCCUGCCGAAUUAAACAACUUGAAUGGCCUCCGCAAUCUCCAGAUUUGAACCCUAUCGAAAAUCUGUGGGCAAUUUUGGAUAAUAGGAUUAAUAAAAGCGGAGUAACUAACAAGAAUUCUUAUUUUGAAGCAUUACAACUAGCCUGGGAGAAUUUGGAUCCACAACAUUUAAAAAAUUUAAUUGAAAGUAUACCAAAAAGACUGCAAAAAGUUUUAAUAGCGAUGGAAACUGGUAUAAUUCCUCCUACUAUACAUUUUAAACGUCCACGAAAGGAUAUGACUGCUAUCAUUGAAGGAAGAGUAAAAAUAGUUACUGAACCGACAGAAUGA